AUGAGUGCACCCUCUAUCGCUUCCCAGAAGGAUGUCAGCUGCCAACCGAAUGUAGCUAUCGCGAAGGAGGCGAGGCACUAUGUCGACCACCGACCUCCCUACCCAGAAUCAAUGUGGAAUCUCUGGACAAGCUACCAUGAUGGGCCUCUUCAAACUGUCCACGACAUAGGCUCUGGUAGUGGUAAUGGCGCAGAUGGACUACUUAUGCACGUAAAGACGCCUAUGAAGCAUGUCGUGUUGACGGAGCCGCGGGAAAUAAACAUACAGGACUGCCGCGCGCGGUUCAGAGACCGUUUUCCCGGUACCGAGUUCACCUAUCGCAUUUGUGGCGGUGAAGAUCCUUGGGAAACUCCCGCCGGCUUGGGAGCUGUCGACUUCGUAAUGGCAUGCGAAUCUUUGCACUGGACCAUUAUCGAGCCUACACUUCAAAAUGUAGCAAAGAGUCUCCGCAAAGGCGGUACAUUUGCGGCUGUCGUCUACGGGCCCUUUCCCGGUAUUGCCAACAACCAAAAAGCGAACGAAGCAUUCAAAGAAUUUAUCGGCGAACAUGCUGCUCACCUAUUGAAGCAAGACUGGCUGAACGAAAACUGGAAGAGGGCAGCAAGGCAAAUGUUUCACGGCAUGGACUGUGUGCCACUCAGGGACGAUGUUUGGCAGGAUGUCAAACGUAUCGAGAUAAACUGUCGGGAUGGUUGGUAUGCCAGAGACUAUGAACCUAUCAAAGGCACUGCGGAUUCUGUUACUCAUCUGGGGCCUUUUGAAAAGAUUUCUGUGGAUGACAAUGCGGACUGGCAAAUUUCGGCUUCGACUGAGUGGUUGAGGGAAUCACUGAAUUCAAUGCGCUUUGGAUUUACUGAAAAGUCAUGGGAAUCUUCAAAGUGGCUGGAAAUGGAGCAAUCUGUGGGCAACAUGCCACUUGAGCUACAAUGGCAAGUUCAAAUGAUUCUUGCGAGGAAGAAGAACUGA